UGUACAAAAUGUGAUUACGUUUGGUAAAUUUCGGUUAAAGUUUAGUUUAAAAAUCAGAGUGCCCAAUUAAUACCGAACGCACGGUAAUAGAUUACAUCGAUGAAAAACAUGUCAUUGUACAGAUUUGAUUUGUUGAAAUUCAGAAACCUUUUGCCCGAUUUUUCGACCAGAGUUUAGGUCUAUCGCUUAGAACAAAGUUAGCUCAAGAAUCAAGGAUGGGCCAUCGCAACAUUUGCUGCGACGGCUGUCGAAUGACGAACUUCCGGUGCCGCCGCUUCCGGUGCUUGCGCUGCGUGAACUAUAACCUAUGCGGCAUUUGCUACGAUCAGCGGAUAGAAACGGAAGAGCAUCGCGUCAAUCAUCCCAUGCAAAUGAUCUCUGACCCAGACGAUCUGGGCCUGCUGCUCAACGGCGAAAUCCCAGAGCUGAUACACCUGUCCAAUUGCUUCACCUGUCCAUACUGCGGCCUACUCGCCCUCCCGGCAAAGCGUUUAAUCGAGCACGUGUACGUACAACAUCGGCUGUCCGAUGAAUAUGUGGUCUGCCCCAUGUGCGCUGGCCUGUCGGCCGUCGAUCUGGUGGCCAUACGCAACCUGUCCAAACACCUCCUGCACAACCACAUCGAUCACGCCAAUUUCCUAGAGCCCGACACACCGCCUCUACGCCAAAUAUUCCCCCGGAAUCACAUACGCCACCGCCGCCAGUCACAGCUGCAACCCAAUCCGCAUACAGGGCGGCCAGUUGAUAUGCUCCUACAGCUGUCAACUGGCCCUGCGAGGCCACAUGGCCACAUGGAUCCUCCAGCGGAGGCAGCCAGUCCAGAGUCCAAGGCGUUUAGUUUGACUGUCGCGCAGCCAUCCGAGCAGCGCGACGGGAGAUAUCUUCUACUUCAGUGGAUGGCACAGCAAAAAGUGCGGCGCCUGGAUACGGAAUUGGACGAAUGUCGAAGGCGGCGGCACGCCCUCUUCGCGGAGCACUUGCUGAUCUCCAUGCUGUGCUGCGAGGAGCUGCAGCUGCCGGAGUGCGGCAGACGGAGACGAGAAGGAAAUUGGGGCAGUGAUCUGGAUAGGGAAAAGCAGAACAGUCUGUCCAAGGUCAUGUCGGUGAUGUCUCUGCCGUGGACAAGAGUUUGGCAGGCCAGCCAGCUGGGCGGAUCCGAGGGCGAACUACUACAGGGUGUCAGAAAGCAUGGAGUCGAUCUGGACAAGAUACAGAUCGAGGAGCAAAAAUGGGUGGCUGCGGAGGAGGCCAUUGAUUAGGCGACUCGAAAUCGUGCCUCUUUUUUCAAGCAUUUUGAUUCCGCCUUGUGGGUUGCGUUACAUAGUUCAAAGAAAAGCAAAAUUUUUGUGAAAAUU